AUGAAAGCCCCGGCUAACAAGCGGAGUAAAGACAAGUAUUGUCAAUUCCAUCGAGAUCAUGGACAUGACACGGAGGAGUGCCAUCAACUUAAAGAAGAGAUCCAGGAGCUCAUCAAUCGAGGUUUCCUGAGGAGGUUUGUAGCUAAGGAUACAGAACCACAAAGGGGUGAACGAAGGGGAUCAAGGAGCCCCCCUCGCAGGCGCGGUAGAUCUCAGGAACGACGCAGAACCAGAACCCCGCCCCGAAGAGAGAAUCGCCUCGGGGAUGGGAGUCCUCCGCAACAGUUGAUUUUUCAUACUUUAGCGGCUAGGGUGGUGCCAGGCAAGGAGUCGGGGGAGAGUUCUGAUCUGCAUCGACGUCCGGGAGUCAAAAGGGCUCGAUCAGGGGAUGUUAUCUCCUUUACCGAUGACGACUUGCCCGGAUAUCCGGUUUCUAAUGAUCCGCUAGUCAUCACCACAAAAUUGGGAAAAUGGGAGCUUUGGCGGAUUCUCGUGGACCCGGGGAGCUCUUCUUAA